CCAAUUUGAAAUCUCAAAAAAUUUUCCAAUCUUUUCUGAGCAGACCCAAAAUCCCAGUUUCCGAUCAGCCCCACCUCUCUCGCAUUCCUCACUCAUUGAGAUUGUUCGGCGCUUCGAAUUUCUCUGGUGAUAGAUUCUUCUGGAUUUUUGGAAGUUCAGUAAAAAAGAUGGAGAUUUCUCGUGAAACUGAUGAUUAUAUUCGAGAAUCGAUCGAGCACACUCUUGGCCUCCCCGUCUCGACUCAAACUCUUCAAUUGAAGCUUCAAGCGUCCGAACAAUCACUUCUCCUGCUCCGCAAUCACUGUCUUUUCUUGCAAUCGAAACUAAAAGAAAAGGAUGACGUCGUUGAGCGCACUAGGGCUGAGGCGAGUAUGAAUGCGGCUGCGUUGAAGAAGUUCGUGGAGGAGAAUCAGAGACUGGCGGUGGAGUGCUCGAAUUUGUUGGCGCAGUGCAAGAGAUGGGAGAGAGAGUGCUCGUUGUACGACCGUGACCGAGAGGCAUUGAUGGAUUUUGGGAAUGAGGCGGACCAGAGGGCCAAGGAGGCCGAGAUACGCGUGCGCGAGUUAGAGGAGGAGGUGCAGAAAAUGGAGGAGGAAUUUCGGUUCUACAAGUACGAGGCCCAACAGGUUGAUACAUCUGGAGAGGAUGCAUCUACAGGACAAGUUUUGCUAGAGUCUUUGUUGGCAAGCAUAAUGAGCAAAGAUGAACUUCAAUCAAAAGCACAUGGUUUUCUAGAGGCAAAUAGCAAUGUCGAAGUUUGCCAAGUAUUGCUAAAGAUGUGGAAUAGAUUGAGACCAUCGGAACACAAGUUUCUUGCAUUGGCAGCUGAAGUAAAAACAUUGCAGAAAGAUAAGGAACACUUAUUGAUUAACCUUCACAGAGCUGAAGAGGAGGUGAAAGUAUUGUUUGAAGAAAACAAUAUGUUGGAUGAGGAGAACAAGAGGAUAUUGGAGCUAUAUCACAGAGAUAAGCAUAGUUCUAGUUCUGGCGGAAAGAACUCAGGCUGUACUUCCACAAAGGGAAACAAAAGAAAAUUGUGUUCCAAGACCAACAGCUCCUCCAUUGAGAGAAAGAUUGACUUCAGUAAUGUUGAUUCGUCGAGGCUGCCAUUAUCACCGCUAAGGGAGAAUUCACCCGAAUGUAGAGCUUACAAGAAGUAGCAGGAUUUUGGUGAACAUCAUGUUCAACCAUUUUGCUAAUCUUUGUGUAUCCAGAUUAUGUUCCUGUUCAUCAUAACUGUAAGUAACUGAUAGUCUGAUACUAGUUUCAGAACUCAUUUAAGCUGUCAGGUUCACUCAUUGAUUUAUUUUCGAUGAAAUGGAAUAGAUUCGAACAUGUUCAUUUUUC